AUGGAUGAAAAGCAUCUGGUUAUGGAUUCCAUCUUUGAUUUGAAUCGAAUCACUGCCAAUACUUGUUUCCCCAAACUGUUGAAAUUACAUGAAACCCAGAAUGAGAGCUUGUACUCUUUCCGCAAAGGAGUUGAAGUAUUGACCAUGCCAGACAUCUAUUACGUCAUUAAAGAUACCUUCCGACCCAAAACAAAACCACACGAUAAUAAUCGUCAUGACGAACCGCUGGUACCCAUGGUCUUGAUCAAUGACAUUCGGAAGCAAGCACAUAAAGCUCCAGUAUAUGUGUUUUUGCCUGAUUAUGAAAACAAUUGCAUGGAUAACAAUGAAAAUUAUUUGAAAUAUAUUAGAAAAUUAGAAAAGGAAUUUAACUUUAAGGAAGAGUUAUUGGAACAAGUUGUCAAUGGAGAGUCUGUUGUGCUGGCAGAAGGGUCUGACUUUAUCCUAAAAACUCUCGACACUCCUCAAGAAGCUGUAGAAAUUGCAGAGACAUAUAUUGAAGCGUUUGAUUCUAUCCAGUUAGAAGAGGAGGAAUCAGAGUACUAUUUAGACUAUCCUACAAAAUCUGAAUUCUAUCAUUGGCUAGUAGUGAAACAAAAUGGACGAGUUGUUUCUUGUGGGCAAUUAAUCAAAGGUCAACAUUGUGCCUCGUUGUUCACCAUUGUGACACGACCUGGUGCUCAAAAAAGAGGGUUUGCAACACUAAUAGUUUCACUAUUAAUGAAAAUUGCAAGAAUGAAUGGCUACAAAUACUGUGUAUUGCAUGCCACUCGUCUAGGCAAACCAAUUUAUGAGAAAUUAGGGUUUGAGUAUUUAUUUGACAUGCAAAUUCUCGAGGUAACCGAAGCGUCCAACAAUCUUGUAGACAAAACUUUGGGUGUUUUGGGAUUUAAUGAUAUGGAUUUCAAACAUAAUCAUCCCUAUCGAUAUUAUGGAAGGAUGGGUUUGUUGGCAACUGGAGCGUUGGCUAUGACUGCAGUGGGAGCACUUUCCUUAUACAAGCAUCUAUCCUCUUGGUUUUCCAAAUGA